AGUAUUGUACAUGGUCGUCCCUGCCAACCAUUCCCCGAUGUCACUACCUCUAUGUAGAACAGUGAUACUUAGACCUACCUACCUAGGUAGGUAUGUAGUGAAACAUUGAAUUUCCCCAAUCACGCUUAUCUUUCCCUCUAUACUUAUCUGGACACGCAGUAGGGAAGGUGUAGAAUAUAUGGACACUGUAUUACAUAAGUAAAUCACUGCAUAGAGCAAGAAAGUCUUUACCACGUGACGACGCUGCCGCGCGAACGCUUUUCUUUCAUGACCACAUCGGUUCAAAGUACCGAUGUACCGUUCCUUAUCACGUCAAUCUCUCCCGGCCAAUACCUCUAACAAAGACAAUCGCCGCCCCAAACCCCAUCAUAUUACCAAUUAAUCAACUUCAUUCGCCUUAUCCCAUCACGAUAUUCUUCUCAUUUUCUCCUAACCUUUUACGAAUCGCCCCUUCAACAUCCGAACAAGCCGACGCUUGUUUACAGAAUCUCAUUUCUAGGGAUUCCUAGACCAUCCUUCAACCAAACCCCUUCCAAAGUCCAUUCAGGUCAGAUCAAGAUGUCGACUGCUGCCCGCCGUCGUUUAAUGCGAGACUUCAAGCGCAUGCAGACUGACCCUCCCGCUGGCGUAUCUGCUUCUCCCGUCCCCGACAAUGUCAUGACUUGGAACGCUGUCAUCAUUGGACCUGCCGAUACCCCGUUCGAAGAUGGAACCUUCCGGCUUGUGAUGCACUUCGAGGAGCAAUACCCGAACAAGCCACCUGCUGUUAAAUUCAUCAGCCAGAUGUUCCACCCUAACGUCUAUGCCACAGGCGAGCUGUGUCUAGACAUCCUCCAGAACCGAUGGAGCCCCACGUACGAUGUUGCGGCUGUCUUGACGAGCAUUCAAAGUCUACUCAACGACCCCAACACCGGUUCUCCUGCGAACGUAGAGGCGUCCAAUCUGUAUAAGGACAACCGAAAGGAAUACACUAAGAGAGUUCGCGAGACGGUGGAGAAGAGCUGGGAGGAUUAAGCUACCCCCUUGGACCAUCAGAACCCAAUAUCAACCAUGGAAUUAACGCAAAUGACAAUCAUCUCAACUAGAUUCCACACGCGCUAGGUAUGGGCUUCUGGCCAGAUUUAUUCACAAACGGGUAUGAUUCCCCAGAGACCGGAGUGGCAGAGAUUCAUCUCAAGAGGCGCAAAGGUUCG